GUAAAUACCAGAAAUUUAGCGCUGCUCCAGAUGAUCUCUAAACCGUGUCCAGAAGCUCACUACUUCCUCUGCAACCACGUUACUCGUGUAGCUUCUUCUACUUUGUCUCAUGUACUGUCGAUAGUUUUACUUCCUUUACUUUGUUCACUAUAUCGCUUCGAAUAGAUGAUAUAACGGUAAAAAAAAAAAGAAACAUUUUGCUCGUGGAAAGGAUCGCAGACCUACUAUACAGGUCAUCAUCGUUCAAUUCGUAAUUGAUCGAUUGAGCAUCUAUGCGCUGACAUACAACAGCAUUGAAAAUUGUAUGCAUUAUCGGACGUUUCAAAGAUGCACGAUAGACACAAAUUUGUCAUGUCACUUAUCUUACUACCCUAAAGGUCGGUCACUGCGGAAGGGCUAGAUGCGUAUAGACGAUAGCAUUUUUCUUCAGGACAAAAGUAAGGCAUCGACCCGAGCGACCCGUCACGCACAACUACAAUUUUCCUUUUUGAAGUCGAAACCAGUCAAUACAUCGCUGAACAUGAAGACGAAUUGGAACACUGGUAUAAAUUAUGGCUUUUCUACGAUAAAAUCGAUGAUGUGGAUACUCGGUCUAUGGCCUUUGCAACGGAAUAACGUAGUUUACACGAUUCAGUGGUUCAUAAUGUUCAUGACAGUGUCUCUCACAGUGAUCAACGUGCUGAUAGAACCCUUCAAAAGCUGCGAUGCUGACAGAGACGGUUUUGAAAUUCUUCGCAUCAUAGAAAACAGCACACAUGGGUGGUUAAGCAUUAUUUUCCCGCGAAUUUACAUGAAAAAGAUCGCUGUUAAUCUAAAUUCUGCGAUCGAUGACUGGUUGUCUCCGGCUAUAAAGAAAGAGUGGCGUGUAAUAAUGAUGGCGUAUGCACGUACAGGACGUCUGGUCGCCCGAACUCAUUUGAUCGUUGGGAUAAUAGCAGGCAUCUUAUGGUUCACAUCCGCCUUUCUCAGCAAUAAGCAAGAGACUGGAACUAUAGGUAACGGCACUGCGACAUGGAAUUUUGUCUUUCCAUCAACAUGUCUAUACAAAGGAAUUUCAUAUUCCACGUAUAAAAUAUUGUUUGCAAUGCAAAUAAUACAAGCGUCUGUGCUAUUAAUAGCAGAAUGUGCUUGCGACGUCUUCUUUUUCAGCAUCAUUAUGCAUCUUUGCGGUCAGUUAGAGCUUUUGAGAAUACAGUUUACGAUGAUCAGCAAAACACGCUACGAUGAAAAGCGCCAUGUUUUGGGGCCAUUGAUCAAAAGACAUUGCCAGCUGAUAGCACUGGCUAAGAAUAUCGAAGAUGCUUUUAAUAUCAACAUUUUACUACGUUUUUUAAUAAUCAGCAUAGCCAUUGCAAUUUCAGGAAUAGGAAUACUUCUGUCAAUCAAGCAACAAAAUUAUCAGGAAGUGAUAAAAAUGUUCUUAUCCACUCAGUUUUAUAUGGGACAAGUUUUUUUGUAUACAUAUGCCGGUGAUAUGUUGCAAAAUCAAAGCGAGUCGAUUGUUUAUGCCGUAUACAGCUCCGAAUGGCAUGAAAUAUCGCCCAUCAUGAUGAAAGAUCUGAUAUUCGUUAUGAUGAGGAUGAAUACCCCUCUCCGAAUUAGCGCGGGAAAAUUUUUCUAUCUUACGCGAAACACUAUGACAGAUAUCUUGAAAACCACCUUAACAUAUAUCUCAUUUAUACGGGUGACACUGAUUAAUGAAUAAAAAUUUCCCUCGAUAACUUUUGC